GGGUGCUAGCGGACGCGCUUCUCCUCCCAACACGUCACGAGGGAGUCGGUAGGAGCUCCCAGUGGAAAGCACUGCUUCUCUAUGGUCUAAACACCAGUUACCACAACCGACUCGACCCGAAGGUUUCAAUGGCACUGGCUUGAUGGGAUCCAAGCGGGUGGCAAAGUGAUGGUGUAAGGACUCGCAGUCACGGAGGUGCUUGCGCGUGGAAUGUUGCGCUGGUCAGUGCACCUAGAAGGAGGGCCGCGGAGAGUCAACCAUGCUGCUGUGGCGGUGGGACACAAGGUGUACUCCUUUGGAGGCUACUGCUCCGGGGAGGACUAUGAGACACUCCGUCAGAUUGAUGUGCAUGUUUUCAACACAGUGUCUUUGCGCUGGAUGAAGUUGCCUCCAGUGAGGACGGGAGGACAUGAACGUGCCCGUGAAGUGCCAUAUAUGCGCUAUGGCCACACAGCUGUGCUGCUGGAUGAUAUUAUCUACCUCUGGGGUGGGCGUAAUGACACAGAGGGGGCCUGCAAUGUGCUUUAUGCCUUUGAUGUCAACACCCACAGAUGGUUCACACCCAAGAUUUCGGGGACUGUUCCAGGGGCGAGGGAUGGGCACUCGUCCUGUGUCCUCGGGAAAGCAAUGUAUAUAUUUGGAGGAUAUGAGCAGCUGGCUGACUGCUUCUCAAAUGACAUUCACAAGCUGGACACCACCACCAUGGUGUGGUCAUUAAUUAAUGCCAGGGGCACUCCGGCACGCUGGAGGGACUUCCACUCGGCCACCAUCAUCGGGACAAAGAUGUUUGUGUUUGGAGGGCGGGCGGACCGCUUCGGUCCCUUCCACUCCAACAACGAGAUCUACUGCAACAAGAUCAAAGUGUUCGACACAGAGACCAACUGCUGGCUGAGCACCCCUUCAACACAGCCAUCGCCAGACGGACGCAGGAGUCAUUCAGCCUUUUCCUACAACGGGGAACUGUAUAUAUUUGGAGGAUACAAUGCCAGACUGGACCGGCACUUCAACGACCUCUGGAAAUUCAAUCCAGAAGCCUUCUCCUGGAAGAAAGUAGAACCGAAGGGGAAAGGCCCAUGUCCGCGGAGACGACAGUGCUGUUGUAUGGUUGGGGAUCGAAUCAUCCUCUUUGGAGGAACAAGCCCCUGUCCAGAGCAAGGAAUGGGUGAUGAAUUUAACCUCAUGGAUCAUUCAGACCUGUAUAUCUUAGACUUCAGCCCUAAUUUGAAGACGUUAUGCAAAAUAGCUGUUAUUCAGUACAGUCUGGAGCAGUCAGGACUCCCACAUGAUAUCAGGUGGGAACUGGCAGCCAUGACCACCAACAGCAACAUCAGCAGGCCCAUCUUCUCCUCCCACGGCUGAGGCUGCUGAAUGUGAAACAGAAGCGGGACUUCUUGCUCUGUUUCAGGACACCAAGCUUUUAUCUUUCUAAUCAGCUGAGCUCCGGCGGACUGUUUUUGUAGAGUUUGGAUCUGUACGGGAUUUAUUUUCCACAUUCUCCAAGUGAAAACUCAUUACUGACCAAAAUAUCCUGCGUAUGAUUUCCUCGGGCACCACGAGCACUCGCUCGUGUCUGAGGAUAUUUUAACCCUUGGGACACUGGUUACUCGUGACAGAAAUUGUUGACACCUGUUCACCUUUUUUGUCUUUUUUUCUAGCCUCUCUAGAAAUCCAAUCAGCCUAUGAUAAUCAUAGACUUCUAAUCUUAAGCACAGGAAGAGACAAGAACUUCAGCCAAAGGUCUUGAGAGCUAACCUCUUUGUUGAGAACGUCGUCCUGAUAUCACACUCAACAGAUCUCCCCCAAGAGACACAUGAACCGUGUGUUCCACAUAAAGACUAAGAUGGUCAUGAGUUUGUAUAUCUUGCAGCUCUAACUUGGUCAUAAAACCAUGUAAAACUACGACGCCCAUUUGCGGGAAAUGAAGUGAAUUACACCGUAUAUGGAGUGGACGAGGCUAACUUAUUACUUUGGUGUUGAUUGCAAGGUGAGAGAGUAUUGGGUACAACAUUUUGGGGUGUUAUGCUUGUGAAAGGUUCUGUUUGACUGGCUUUCAAUGCUCAAACUUUUUUCCCUAUUUCAUCAUAACUUGGCGAGCACCUUUCUCCUCGUAAGUGUCUCAAAGUUGAUUUUGCAGGGCGACUGAAGCAAGCCUUGUAAAACUAAUCAAGUCCAUCUACCUCCCUCAAUAGCAUGUAUCAUUCAGUCUUUAAUAAGACUUCCAUACAUUAGACAUUUUCUUUCUCCCGAAAAAAAAAAGCCUUUUCACAGGGAAGUUUGUAAUUGUGGUUGUCUGUUGUAUUCUUCCAAGAAAGGCUGUCCUAUCACUGGAAGAGUGCGACUCACCUGCCACCCCACCCCUCACCCUGCAGUUUGUUUUUCAGUGCCAAAUGUAGAAAGGAAUCAUGAUGCAAAUAUAUACUGUGUAUGUGUGUAAGCACGUGGUCCCGUCUACACGUAAUCCUAGUCCACCUGCUUCAGUUUGCCUGUUAUUGUUGAGGGAGAUGAUCACUAAUAUGCAUAAUGUAGUGGUUCCACUUAUAGACAAUCCUACAGCGACCAGAGACUCUCCUCGUGACCUGUGCUUAUUCACAGCGCGGUGAAAAACCAGGACAGGGUGCACGUGUGUUUGUGUACAACUACGAGCAAAGCUGAACCUGAGCAGAUGUUAUAAAUGCAUAAGGGCUGUUAUUAGAUUACACACUCGCCACACAGCUGGAAAAUGACUCUGGAUUAGUCAAAUUGGGGAUGUUUAUUCAGGUUGUGUGUUUGUAUUCUGAUUACAAAUUUUAGAACAAAAGUUUGAAAACACAAGAGCGGUGGUGGUGGUCUUUUUUAAAGCUUUUAUCUCCAUCCACGAGUUAAAGGAAAAGGCUGGUGAUAUUCUGCAUUUUUGAUUAAGUCAACAUAGUGAACAUAAAAAGACCAAAACCUACAAUGUGUUAGUCCGUCUCUCAACACUACCCUACCAACUUUUGGUCAAUUAAUUUGCAAAAACAGCUGGGCGCUGUAGUUUUGAACAGCUGUGCUGCGUUCACAUGGAAUCAGGCAGACGGUAGACGGCACAUGGAUAACACCUUUUAGGAUGGCACAGGAAAAACAAACAGUCCAACAAGAUGGCAGGGCGGCAAAGAAGUAAAAAAAAUUUAACUUUGAACAGCAGUGCCAUCUACCAUUAUCAAUACCAGCCUCACUUCAUUUAACUGUCCUGCUCUCAUUCACUAAAAUGAUAUUCGGUUUUCCAUUUACCGUCUCCCUGAUUGCAUGUGAACGCAUUACUUAAACAUGAGUAAAAUGUGUUAAUAGUUUUCGGACAAUGAAAGUUUAUGGAGUAAGAUUUAUUUUGGGACUUUGGAUACACCGACAAUACUUGUUAGAACAAUUAAUUGUUGUUUUUGGUCUUUUUUGAGGGAUUAGUUGACAAAAGGAAAAAAAAAAAUCUGAAUAUCACCAGACUUAUCUUGUGAAUAUGACAUGCCAUCUAAAUGAAUAACUUGGUGAGGAUGAAUAUACAGGCAAAAUGAUUUUAUUUAUACUGCCUAUUUAUUUUGAUGUGAAUAGGAACUGUGUUACCACAUACUUGUGAGCUGCAUCAGUGUUUUUCAGUCCUGGUCUUUGGGACCAUGUGCGCUGCCGUUUUGUGUUCACCCAGAUAGUUGAAUUGAAUCUGUAUCAGUCAGUCUCUGAUUAGCUGGUCAGGAUUAAACCCUGCAGGGCUCUGGGUCGCAAAUAUCAGGACUGGAUGACACUGACCUAACAUGGUAAAUGUUUACAAAUCUGUGUAAUUUCAUGUAAAGCAGUGUAAACAAUCUUAAAUGCAGGUUGAAGUCACCAGAAAACUGCACUAAAGCCAAUCAUGGCAUGGCAGGCCUUACAGAGAGGAGACGUGUCGAUGCUGCUUUUUGCCUAAGUAGAGUUCAAGAGUUUGAGACGUUCGCCUGCCCAAACCAAGUCUGAAUUUUCUUUAUAGACCGGUGGUGCCAAUGUGACUCAGUCUUAUGCCCUGUACACUGCACAUGCACAUGGACAUAUCACACACUUGAUAUUCCUCUGUACCCCUGGACUAUACAACAGCUGAUGCAGUGAAACCACAGGGAGCUAAUCGUGUGUUCACGGAAAAAAAAAAGGAAAAAAAAAAAACUACUGGUGAACAAAUCAAACUGUUUAUGUGACACCAAAUGGCCGCAGGCAAAACUGAUGAUGUUUAUUUCUUUUUUUUUCUAACGUGUGGUGUGGAAGUCAUUUUUAUUUUAGGAUUUUGGUCCUUAUGCGUGUGAAGAUUAUGGGUGAUGGUAUUUUCAGUCGAGAACUUUUCAGGCUUAUGACAUGAAGUAAAUAUCAAGUUAAUGACAAUGUAGACACUAUGGUCGAAAAUAAAAUACCUGCACAACACAUUUCCUCAGUGAUGGUCGCUCACUUACCUCCAACAAGGCGAUGCUAAUGACGAGUGAUUUUUGCCCACAUAUAUUGGCGAUACAUUUUUAAUGGCAGUGAUGUAACACUGCAGUUUCUGAGGCUCCCCUGCUGUUUCUCAUUUAACUUUAUGAGAGGGUUUCAGCAAAUAGUUGAUCCAACUCGGCAGCAGGGAGACUCUUGCUUAUCAAAAAGCUGCUUCUGUUGAGAAAAGUGCAUCAUCAGAUCACAGCGCACACUCAUUAUAACGCAUUCAGAGUGAGCAGUAAUUAUUUCCCAAGCAGAAGUACGCGAGUGGACUGAUUUCAUGCCAAGAAAUGUGUUCUGUCUUUAGGGCUUACAGUAUAUGGUUGAAUAAUUCAUAAACAACAAAGAAUGCUUGGAAAAAAAAAACAGAACAAAGUAUGGAGUGUAUUUGGGUUUAUUUUACAACUGUGCAGGCUCCCUAUGCUUAUCGUUUUUAUUUUAUUUUAUAUUUGACACAUUUUUCAGAGGGGACUGUCAAGGUUGGUCAGGACUUCCUGUGCAAUAUGCUUUAUUACUGUAUCAAUAAUAAAUCUGAGACAAUUUGAGUUGUUAA